CUAUUUCUACCAAUUGAAACCUAACCACAUUACUAACCUUAUGCCUAACUCGAACAUUAAAUUAAGACCAAAAAUCGUAUUUUUGUUUUUAGACAUUUUUACGAUCUAGACCAUUUUGACGUUGACGCUGUGGUAACCCACUCACCGUGUCAUCAUCAUCAUUUCACUAGGAGAUCUUAGCUCUGCUACAUCAUCUUGAGACAACUGCGAAACGAAGGAAAUCCAUCUCAGUCAAGAACCGAGUAAAGGAGGCGCCGAUAGCUAGAUUCCUGAACCUGUAUUUCUCUAUUGCUGGGGCAAAUAAACGGUUCAGAAAUGGUCUUGUGGUGAGGUGUUGCUGGCAUAAGGCUGUGAGGAGGAGCAACUGACGACAGAGCCAAACUUACUGACACGCACUCACCAGCCUCCCAUGGACGGCACACUCUGAGACAACACUUGAGAGGAGAGAAACAACAGGAGUGGGAGCAGAGGAGAGAAGGAGCUGAGGAGAGCAGGAGGGACGUGACAAUGUCGUCCAACAGGGGCCAGAACCCACAUGGGUUGAAGCAGAUCGGGCUGGACCAGAUCUGGGACGACCUGAGGGCUGGCAUCCACCAGGUGUACACACGGCAGAGCAUGGCAAAGUCACGCUACAUGGAGCUCUACACCCAUGUGUAUAACUACUGUACCAGCGUGCACCAGUCCAGUCAAGGCCGAGGGUCUGCCGUCCCCAACAAGCCCUCCAAGAAGAGCAGUACUCCUGGGGGGGCCCAGUUCGUAGGCCUGGAACUCUACAAGAGACUCAAGGAGUUCCUCAAGAACUACCUGACCAGUCUGCUCAUGGAUGGUGAGGACCUGAUGGAUGAGUGUGUGUUGAAGUUCUACACACAGCAGUGGGAGGACUACCGGUUCUCCAGUAAGGUGCUGAAUGGGAUCUGUGCUUACCUCAACAGGCACUGGGUCAGACGUGAAUGUGACGAGGGACGCAAGGGCAUCUACGAGAUCUACUCGUUGGCGUUGGUAACGUGGAGGGAGUGUCUAUUCAGACCCCUAAACAAACAGGUAACGAAUGCGGUCCUGAAGCUGAUCGAGAAGGAGAGAAAUGGAGAGACCAUCAACACCAGACUCAUCAGUGGUGUGGUGCAGUCCUACGUGGAGCUGGGGCUGAAUGAGGAGGAUGCGUUUGCUAAGGGUCCUACGCUGUCAGUGUAUAAAGAAUACUUUGAGUGCCAGUUCCUCACGGACACCGAACGCUUCUACACACGAGAGAGCACCGAGUUCCUCCAACAGAACCCUGUUACCGAGUACAUGAAGAAGGCCGAGGCCCGUCUGCUAGAGGAACAGAGGCGUGUGCAGGUGUACCUCCAUGAGUCCACUCAGGAUGAGCUGGCCAGGCGGUGUGAACAGGUGCUCAUAGAGAAACACCUGGAGAUCUUCCACACAGAGUUCCAGAAUCUACUGGAUGCUGACAAGAACCAAGAUCUAGGUCGGAUGUAUAACUUGGUGUCUCGUAUAACGGAUGGCCUAGGAGAGCUAAAGAAACUCCUAGAAACACACAUCCACAACCAGGGCCUGGCCGCUAUAGAGAAAUGUGGAGAGGCCGCUCUCAACGACCCUAAGGUGUAUGUCCAGACCACACUGAACGUCCAUAAGAAGUACAACGCUCUGGUCAUGUCUGCCUUCAACAACGACGCUGGCUUCGUAGCUGCUCUAGACAAGGCGUGUGGUCGUUUCAUCAACAACAACACGGUCACUAAGAUGGCCCAGUCCUCCAGCAAAUCACCUGAACUACUGGCUAGAUACUGUGACUCUCUGCUCAAGAAGAGUUCUAAGAACCCAGAAGAGGCAGAGUUGGAGGACACACUCAACCAAGUGAUGGUGGUGUUUAAGUAUAUAGAGGACAAGGAUGUGUUCCAGAAGUUCUAUGCUAAGAUGCUGGCUAAACGCCUCGUCCACCAGAACAGUGCUAGCGAUGACGCAGAGGCCAGCAUGAUCUCCAAACUCAAGCAAGCGUGUGGCUUUGAGUACACAUCUAAACUACAGAGGAUGUUCCAGGACAUCGGAGUCAGCAAAGACCUCAACGAACAGUUCAAGAAACACCUGACCAACUCUGAACCUCUCGACUUGGACUUCAGUAUCCAAGUGUUGAGUUCCGGGUCCUGGCCGUUCCAGCAAUCAUGCACCUUCGCUCUGCCCUCCGAGUUGGAGCGUAGCUACCAGCGGUUCACAGCAUUCUACGGCAGCAGACACAGCGGUCGGAAACUCACCUGGCUCUACCACCUGUCUAAAGGAGAGCUGGUCACCAACUGCUUUAAAAACAGGUACACUCUGCAGGCCUCUACCUUCCAGAUGGCUAUCCUGCUGCAGUACAACACAGAGGACCUGUACUCCGUACAACAACUCACUGACAGCACACAGAUCAAAACCGACAUUCUGGUUCAAGUGUUGCAGAUCUUGUUGAAAUCCAAAUUGCUGGUCCUGGAGGAUGAGAAUGCUAACAUAGACGAAGUGGAGUUCAAACCAGAAACCCUGAUCAAACUCUUCCUGGGAUACAAGAAUAAGAAGCUGCGUGUGAACAUUAACGUUCCUAUGAAGACUGAACAGAAACAGGAGCAGGAGACCACACACAAGAACAUAGAGGAGGACCGCAAGCUCCUCAUACAGGCUGCCAUAGUGAGGAUAAUGAAGAUGAGGAAGGUUCUGAAACACCAGCAGCUCCUGGCUGAAGUCCUAAACCAGCUUUCGUCCCGCUUCAAACCCAGAGUCCCAGUCAUUAAGAAGUGUAUAGACAUCCUGAUAGAGAAGGAGUAUCUGGAGAGAGUGGAUGGAGAGAAAGACACGUACAGCUACCUGGCUUAACCCGCUCCCUUCCCUCUUAUUUUUGUCUUUUUUUUUUUUAUGUCCGAGUAAUAAAGUGUGGUUCUUCUGACUGGCAGACGUGUGUGUGCUCAGUGGGACAUAUACACAUGGACACACUAUCUUGUUUUGAUAUGCAAAUAUGAUCAGACAUCCCCCCCCCCCAUGGCAUAGUGGGAAGUCCAACCAGAGAGCUGUGUCCAUAGUUACUGCAUGCAACUGCCUCCCUGCUAGCCUGGUCUCAGAUUGAUAUCCUACGAAGCAGGUUUGAGGAGUUAGCGAGGUAACUUUGGUCAACUGAGUUCAACUCAGGAUAGGCGGUCAUACGAAAGUGGCUCACCUUUUAGCCAGGUACAUGUAUAUGGCAAUGAAUCCUUCAGAACUACCCUGCUCUGAGGCAGGCUAACUCAUUGUUAACUCCACUUACCUUGAAUGAAAUGACUGGGCCUUGAGUUGAGAACCAAUGAAAUCAGAUUCCCUCAUCAACCCCUACAAUUCAGGAAGAUGACUGAUAUUUGAUGAAUCAAAUGUGUUAUGUUAAAAUCACAUUACAUAUUUUAGUCAUGUCAGAAUGCAUUUUAAACUUAACGCAAUGUAACUUUUGUAUGACUUAAUACAAAAUAAGUGUGUAUAUAAGACGGAGGGGGGGGGGUGAUUGUGCAUUGAUAAGCACACCAAAGCAGGCAUUAAUUAAAAAUAAAGACAGCCCUUCUGAAAGCAUUUCACACCGCAGUCUGCUGAAUUUGCAAGAUACAUUUUCAUGCAUUCUGAUUUCGACACAAAUUAAAAUGUUAAACUGAGUCGCCCAUGGAUUGAUUUUUGUCUCAUUUGAGUUCGCCGUGCGACAUGCACGCGCAGUUACAAGCCUGCUGGAGAUAGCCGCAGACAAGACAUUUUGACCGUUGUGUAAGGAUGAAGCCUGAGCUGGUUUGUGAAGCUGGUUAGUUUUAGAAAACCCAGAGUAGAUCCAGCUUGCUUCGUAGGAUACUCAGGUGUAGCAGCUAACUAUCGUUAUCCUCCCAGACAAACAUGACAACACAUGCACUAGGAGGAGUUGGCUGAAGCACACAGAACUGGACCAGUACGCUACCUCCAUAUAGCCAGAGGAGUAGAUGACUGGUUUUACCACCGGUCCGGACGAAGGAAAUCAGUUGUCCGGAUCAAAUGGAGACGCCCCUGCAAUUUAGAUCUGUCGGAUGGCUUUAUUCAAUCUGUAUCGCUGAAGUUCAGCGGAGACUGCAUUCACGGUAAACUACAUAUUGCCUCAGAAACUACCUUUUAAUUUCUAUCGCGUAGAGCGCUGAAGUGUUGGAUCCACUGAACUAGUGCCCCACCCAUAGCCUCUUCCCCCACGGGGUCUUGUAAAAUCCCUGGUAUGGGGUUAGGGUUUCAUAGGGGAUUGGACCUGUAACCCCCUGUAUCAUUACUGCAAUGAGGAAACCAUUUGUAUAGUGUGGUUAAUUUUACAAAUGUGUGCUAAAUAAAGUCAAGGUUUCUCUAGUGGUCUUGUCACUGGCUGGGUUGUUACUUACACCAAGAUGUGGUGUGAAUUUUCAUUAUAAACUGGGUGGUUUGAGCUCUGAAUGCUGAUUGGCUGGCAGCCGUAUACACGGGUAUGACAAAACAUUUCUACUGCUCUAAUUACGUUGGUAACCAGUUUAUACUAGCAAUGAGGCACGUCGGGAGUUUGUUGUAUAUGGCCAAUAUACCACGGAUAAGGGCUGUCCUGCUGAUUAACUCCCAUAUGCCACACCCCCUCGUGGCUUAUUGCUUAAUUAUAGCACUGUAGUCUAUACCGCUCGUUUAACACGACUCUGAAAAGUUGUUUGUGCAAAAUUACUCAUUGAAGUGGUUUUAAAAUGCAUAUAAGGUUUUGGUUGUCAGUGGUAAAAAAAAAAAAAUUGGACACCUUCAUUUUCUCAUUUUAUUCUGGAUCACUUUGAACAAUACUCCCUGUAAAGACAGUAAAAAUCAGCACCUUGGAAAUCAGACAGUAGUGGUCCCGGCUCGACAACUGGAGGAAACGUUACACAACAGUCAAUAUAAUUUGUAUAGAGCAUUUUCCCUAUUCCUUGACAGAAGCACCACUGUUCUAUGUAGUAGGCCUAUAUUUCUAUGAACAUUCUGUAAUGUCCAAUCCCACUGGAUGCCAGCUGGCUCUACAACUCAGGAAGUAUACAUCCUAAACAGAUGGGUGAGAUACUUGUCCUCGAGCUGCUGUAUCUGCUGGUUUUCCAGUCAGACCGAUUUAGAUCUGGUGUAAGCUGGGACAUUGAAUCAAUGGAUCUCCCAAGAACCAGAGUUCCCCACCCCUGUACUAACAUGAGCAACAAACGACUUAAAGGAGAUCGGCUCCUGACUUCCAUCUAAACACAACCGUCAGUCAUCUAGAUCUGUCUGUAGGUCUUUACAGAGCCCUCUCAGUUGACAAAGUUACAGUUGUAAAAACAGGAGAUAAAUCGGAGCAGUUCGUCCCACUGCAGGUGAAGACGUGAACAUUACUUAACAUUAUUCAAGGCUGGUUGUAUUGGUUCAAGUCUGCAGUAUUCACAAGCACCAGGCAUCACUAGAUUAUAGUAGCAGUGAGGUCUUCCCGGGACUACAAACAUGGAAGCUUUCAUCAUCAUGCAUUAACCAGAUUGAGGAUACAUCUUUAUCAAUAAAUCAACACUUAAGGGCUCUAAUCAAGUGACUAUUCAGUGUUCUAACGACAAGAUUCAAGGCACAGCAGAAGUGGAUACCUGGGGGCAUUUACAAAACAUCACACUGUCUUAGUUAGCACCAUCUAGAAUAGAGAUUGUAUCAAAGCAUGCCUCAGGUGGUCAUCAAAUGUUCAAAACUUGAAAAAAUUAAAGACAGAAUAUAGUUUAAGGAAUAAACCAGAAGUCAGAGAAAGAAAAA